GUGCUCCUCGAAUCUUUAUUGCUGGCACUCCUGUGCCGCUGAUGCUGGCCGUGAAUCUCUACGUCACAGCAGAGCUCCUGCAAAGGUCUCAGGCCCAGAAUGUGCCGUCAGAUGCCGAUGGAUAUGGCGGGCGCCCCCAAAAGGAUGCUGGUUGUGAGCGGACGAGAGGUUCGGAGGUCCCGGCUCAGACGCCUUCAAUGCCGUGUUAUUUGCCAUCGAAUCUGCCCACUCUACUUGCAGACCACUCCCCUCAAGCCCAGCUGCACGCUCCUCCAGCAUGUGGCUUUGAAGUUUUGUCUCAGUUCUGUGUAUAG